UGUUACUAUUUCAAACACAAUUCACACUACAUAACACACAAGCCUUGAAACUCGAAAACACACACACACACACACACACCAUUUUGGGCCCCUCAUUUUGCGCGUCUCUAUCUCCCUUUUUUUGUUUUUGCAUAGUUUAUUUGUCUCCAAAUAUUAGCGAUUUUCUUCCAUUGCACUUUUGAAGUAGUACUCCACCAAAACAUGUCAACUUCAUCUUCAUCCCCCUCCACUCAAGGAGGAGACAGCGACUAUGAAGGCCCCUCAUCUUCCCGCAGUAGAAUCAGAUCAAGCAAUGGGGUCUGGCCCGAGCCCUUCCUCGAAGCUCUCGCAUUCCAAGUUGCCGUUGAUGCCUCUCGCACCAUCGGCCGCCUCGCCGCUGCUCAAGCUCUCUCCAACAUCUUUCAGGUGUGCUCCACGUGGCGCGCUAUAUCGCGGUCGGAUCUUCUGUGGCAAAACCUGGCGCGAAGCAUCUGGAGCGUCGGCGAGCUCCUCGCGCGCGAGUCGUGGCGGGAGGAGUACAUCUACCGCCACCGUACCUCCUCGAACUUCCGUUCGCGGAGGUACGAGCACGCCACCCUCCACUUCAUCCCGACGGACAACAACAACAACGACGACGACGGCCUCAGCUGCCGCCGCCUCGCCCUCUCCGAUCACCACCUCGCCGCGGGGUUCUCCGACGGCGCCGUCCAACUCUUCGACAUCCCCACCCGCCUCCACCUCUCCACCUUCUACCCGCAGCACCGAGACCGCCUCGGCCGCUUCUCCAGCGCCGUCUCCGGGAUCAUCCUCUCCGAUUCCCGCCUCGUCUUCGCCACCCUCGACGGCGACAUCCACAUGGCCGCCGUCAACACCGCCGCCCCGCUGCGUCGGGCCCACUUGGGGGACGUCGUCAACGACGGUGCCCUCGUCGACUUCGCCGGCUGCCACCGCUGGUGGGUCGGUCUCUACGCCGGUGUUCCAGGGCGAGCAUUUCACAUAUGGAAUGGGGAAACGGAGGAGCUGCUUUUCAUCGGUGGCACGAUGACCGAUCCAGAGGCUGUGAUGGGGUGGCAUCUGCUGACUGAGAUGACCGGAAUCAUAGGCCGGAUCCGGGUGGUGAGAGGGGACAUGGCGGUGGCGUGUACCGGGCUUAGGGCUAUGGUGUUCCACUUGCUAAGCCAAGGGAUAGUGGUGUGGGAGGAGGAGUUUCGGAGGGGGAUAAUUGUGGGCGUCUUUGAUGCCUACGGCGACACAACCAUGAUACCUGAUGCGCGGCGUGUGGCGGCCGUGCGUCGGGUGGGUAGCAUGGAGGAGGUGUGUAGGUUCACAAUGAGAGAGGGGGUUUCAUUUGGGUGCAUGAAUGGUGGGUAUGGAGUGACAUGGGGUGGAGGGGUGAUUAGGGUUUGGGAGAUUGAGCAUGGUCACUAUUUGUAUAAUUUUAGAGAGAGAAUUGAAGAUUGCAAUGCCCUAAUUGCAGAUGAGAGGUUUGUGGCUGCAUGCAGUGAUGAUGCUACCAUUCAUUUGUGGGAUUUUGGGGCUCAAUAA